AUGGAUUUUAUAAAUUUUGUGCUUAAUUUGUUGGUCCCUCCAACCAGUUUGAUCACAUUGGCUUUCUCAUGGCCAGCACUUUGUUUCCUCAAUGCUUGUGAGUGGCUCUAUAAUAGUAUAUAUGGUGAGGACAUGGAUAAUAAAGUGGUCAUCAUCACUGGAGCAUCUUCUGGCAUUGGAGAACAAAUUGCAUAUGAGUAUGCAAUAAGGAGAGCAAAUUUAAUGUUGGUGGCACGCAGAGAGAACAGGCUAAGAGGGAUUGCUGAGAAUGCAAGGAGAAUGGGUGCAAGGUAUGUGAUGAUUAUGGCUGCAGAUGUUGUGAAGGAAGAUGAUUGUAGGAGAUUUGUCAAUGAGACCAUAAAUGUCUUUGGCCGUGUAGAUCACCUAGUAAACACAGUAAGUCUGGGACAUACAUUUCACUUUGAAGAAGUUACAGACACCUCAGUUUUCCCUGUUCUCUUGGAUAUUAAUUUUUGGGGGAAUGUUUAUCCCACGCUUGUAGCUCUUCCUUACCUUCACCAAAGCAAUGGCCGUGUUAUUAUUAAUGCAUCAGUUGAAAGUUGGUUACCUAUGCCAAGGAUGAGUUUAUAUGGUGCUGCAAAGGCAGCAUUGGUGAACUUCUAUGAGACGCUGAGAUUUGAAUUGAAAGAUGAGGUUGGAGUAACGAUAGCAACACAUGGUUGGAUUGGGAGUGAGAUGACGCGGGGAAAGUUCAUGCUUGAGGAGGGUGCUGAGAUGCAGUGGAAGGAAGAAAGAGAAGUGCAUGUAAGUGGUGGGCCAGUAGAGGAGUUCGCGAGGUUAAUUGUAUCUGGGGCAUGUAGAGGAGAUGCAUAUGUGAAGUAUCCAAGCUGGUAUGAUGUGUUCCUACUAUACAGGGUGUUUGCUCCCAAUGUUCUCAACUGGGCAUUCAGGUUGCUUAUUUCUCCACAUGGGACAAGAAGAACUUCUUAUGUAGGCACCGGAAGAUCCAUGGAUGCUGUGAGACCUAUGUUGGAGGGAACUUCUCCUUCAAACACACAUGCUGCUGCCAAUGCCAUGGCUCCUCUUACCUUCUCUGGCCAGCUGGUGCAGCAAAAGAUGGACUGAAUUGAAUGAUCCUCCGCAAAUAGGGCCAUCUACAUUUCUAGAUGCUUGUAUUCUUGCUAGAAGCAUAGAAAUCAUCCUUGCUUUGUGGACAUAUAUGUGUCAUGUUUUUAGACUUGAGUGGUUAACAUUGGAACUAAACUUGUGUUGAAAUGAUUUCCAAAAAUC